CAAGUAUUUCCAUCCGCGUUGCGUUGCGUCCAUCUGUGCUCGUAAUUCAUGGCUUGGUAUUCCAGCUACAGUAUUUUUCGAGCAGAGAAAUGAAGCCAACAUCGGUACCUCGAGCUUCGCCUUCCCCUUCCCUUUUACACUUUCUACGGGCGCAGACCGAAGCCCAUUUCGAGUCGACUACAUUAGCAAGCGGCCGGUUCUACAAUGCUGCUUUCCAGCAGCGGACCCUGAGAAUCAACGGAUGUCGUAACAUCUCCGUUCAUGCUACAUGCAGGCCUUCCCUAGGACCGGUUUCAGAUCCAGCAGUUCACCAUAAAGAGAGCCAAUAUACUCUGCGACAGCGCAUUACAGGAUGUAGAAAGCCGGGUAUACUGCUAUCUUGUCAACGCCGCCACUUCUUCAAUCUACGACUCUCAAAACUACGUCGGCUUUUCUGGGUAAAGGAUAAUGACUGCUCCCACGACCCUCAUACCGCUGGACACUCGCCGCUCCCGGCUUUCCUCGACGACAGCAACGAUGCGCUCAGACGAAGGUUACGGGCGACGAAUGACCAGAGACUGCGAUGCACAGAAUUUGACGAACAUGGGAAUGUUACAUUGGUCAACGGAGAGUUCAAAAAGACCGAUUUGAUCGCAAAGUACGGAUUGUUACCACGCGAUCUGCGAAAAAUCGAUUCCUCCCUUCUCCCUCACGUCCUCAUUCGACCGUCUGCCAUCCUCUUAAACCUGCUCCACCUCCGCGUUCUUAUAAAACAUGACCGCGUCCUAGUAUUCGAUGCAUACGGCACAACUGACUCCUACAACCAAUCCUCUUUCAUGUACGACAUAGACCAAAAGCUGCGACAAAAGGAAUCACCUCAAAAUGGGACGUUAGCCUAUGAGUUCCGCGCCCUCGAAGCCUGCCUUCUCUCUGUUACAAACAGCCUCGAGAGCGAAUUCGAAGGCGUCAGCCAACCUGUCGUGCGAGUGCUGCGCGAUCUGGAAGAAGACAUCGACCGCGAUAAACUACGCUAUCUGCUCAUGUACUCCAAGAAGCUCGGCACCUUCGAGCAAAGAGCCCGCCUGGUCCGCGACGCCUUGACCGAGAUCCUCGAAGCCGACGAUGACCUGUCCUCCAUGUACCUCACCGAGAAAUCGCAGGGUGUGCAGCGCGAGGAAGACGACGACCAUACCGACAUCGAGAUGCUGCUCGAAUCGUACCACAAAGUCGCCGACGAAAUCGUCCAAGCAGCCGAGAACCUGGUCUCCAACAUCCGCAACACCGAAGAGAUCGUCAAGGCCAUCCUCGACGCAAACCGCAACUCGCUCAUGCUGCUCGACCUCCGCUUCUCCGUCUUCACCCUCGGCAUCACCGCCGGCACGUUCGUCGCCGCGCUGUACGGCAUGAAUCUGAAAAACUUCAUCGAGGAAUCAGACCUCGGCUUCCCCGGCGUCAGUCUCUGGUGCACCGUCUGCGGCAUCGUCGUGUGCGUGUGGGGCAUCCAGAAACUGCGCAAGGUGCAGCGCGUCAGCAUGUACGGCGAGCACGGGCGGCGCAUUGCGCUCAGCCGGACCGAGCUUGGCGCCGGUACAACGCCGCGCAGUAUCGAGAUUGCAAAGGAGAAGGAGCGCAAUGUCAGGGGCUGGGAGAGACGGUUGAGAGAGACGGAGCGGGCGCGCAAGGGGGCGGCGCCGGCGGCCGGCCUCGGACAGGGCCAUGAUGAUAUGUUUGGAAAGUGGCCUGGCAGUGCGGGAGCCGGGCAUAAGGGAGUCAAGAAGCCUGAGUGAGCCUUCAGGAGACGCGUCCUGUUGCCGUCGCAGAUGUUGUGGCGAAGAGGAAAGACAGACGGUCCGUCGUCAAUUUCUUUGACAUUGCAUAGCGCUGGAGUUUUUGUCGAUUCGGCAUUUCUGUAAGAUAGAUAGCACACCGUGCGAUGCAUGUAUAAAAGGAAAAGAGGCGACCUAGGCUUGUAUAUAUAUAUGCAUAUGUGUCACAGUUGAUAGAGUGGUUUGGUUGCAUAGCGAAUGCGAUAGAUACCCAACUCUUUAAACUUCGACCAACAAACUAUAUCUGGUUAUAAUCUCAUGGGCAUCUUAAGCAG